UUUUGUUGAGUUGUUUAUUCUUGGGUAUAUUUUUAUUCGCAUAUUGAAUUGAUUACAUUCUGUUUGUGUGAUUUAAAGAUAGGACGACUUUAGUUGUAAAUAUUUUGUACCCCGUAUUAACUUUUAAGUCGGUGUUGGUACAAACUGAUUCAAGUUUGCGGACUAAAUGAUAAAUUUGCAAUGUUUUUGUUUAUACUAAGCUUUCUACUUGUAUUCAGAAAUUGUGAAGCGCAGAAUAAUGCGGGGUUUGAUAAUGUGACUCAUAGAAACUUUAUUUAUAAUACGUAUGAAUAUGAUAGAAUAGUAAGUGUAACAGUGAAUGAGACUACAACACAGAUACUAGACUUUUCCGAGGACACAAAUAAAUGGCGUGCAUACCCCAGUCGUGUCCAUGCAGCAUUAAAUGACACUCUGGAUGGGGAAUACCCUGUCUUUAUAACAGCUACACAGCAGAAAGGAGUUUCAUCAUGGGAACUACCUCUAGUGGUGGCAACAUCUAAUGCUGUGCUGCAGUUCGAUGAUAUGGCAAGGACUUUAUGCCCACAUGAUGCUGGUUCUAAUAUAACGACAGAAAAUCGUCCGAUGAUACAAAUAACUACAGCGAACCCUCGCAACACGUCUGUGAACAUCAAACUGCGACGAGUGAAUGAUUUUUAUGUUGAACUAGACAAGGAGGUGCCAUUAAAUGUGACACCAAGUACUCCUAAAUAUUAUUAUUUCUCAUUUGACAAGGAUCCUUUGAAUGCAACACAUAUCGACAAAUCCAUCUUACCAAGGUUUAACUAUACGAUACCGAAGAGCGUAAUGUUGAUGAUUGAAUCUGACGACACAGUAUGUGCUGUGGUCUCCAUACAAAAUAACUCGUGUCCAGUAUUCGACAAUGAAAAGGACAUGCUGUAUCAAGGAUAUCAUUUGACUAUGAUGACUAAAGGAGGCAUUAUAAUCACUCAAUCAAUGUUUCCUGUGGGUUUCUACAUAGUGUUUAUAGUAAAGGAGAAUAAUGCAGAAUGUACUGGUAUCAGUACUGAUACUUCUAGCUUGCAAGAUUGGAUUGUUGACGGCCGGGUGAAGAAUUUUAGAUUCCGCGUAGUGCCGGCGUUGACAUACACAGAGUAUAUAUCAGGCGUGUUAGCAGCGUUUGCGUUAGUGCUCAUUGUUGCCAUAUUCGCUCCCCUUUUGACUCUGUUAAGGUGUAAUUUCACUGAAGAAAUAACGGUUGUGGAGGAGGAACCUGGUCCGUCGUCUUCAGGGAACGCUGCGUCCAGUGAGACACAACCUAUAGUGCACACUGAUGAUUCUGACUCAGAAGUGGACUUGGAAGCAGAGAAGGAGCCUUUGCCCCAGGAGAUAGCGCUCAGUCGCCCGCUGACGCUGGCGGGGCUGAGCAGGGCGAAGCCCGGCGCGCAUAGCAGGCGCUCUGACAGGUACUUUUGGAGUGCGUUAACCGUGGCUGUGGUUUACGCUUUGCCAGUGGUUCAAUUAUUGUCCACUUAUCAACGUAUGGUGUUCCAAACAGGUAACCAGGAUCUAUGUUAUUACAACUUCCUUUGCGCGCACCCGCUGGGCUUCCUCUCGGACUUCAACCACGUGUACAGCAACGUGGGCUACGUGAUGCUCGGCCUCGUCUUCAUGGGGCAGACCUGGUGGCGACAGAUCAGACAAACACAGCAUCCUAAGGAUCUCGGCAUACCUCAACACCACGGUUUGUUCUACUCUAUGGGUUUGGCGCUGACUAUGGAAGGUCUACUCUCAGCGUGUUACCAUCUCUGCCCUAAUAAGAUGAACUUCCAAUUUGACUCGUCGUUCAUGUACGUGAUAGCGGUGCUUGUGAUGGUGAAGUUGUACCAGAACAGACACCCCGAUGUGAACGCGAGCGCGCACUCUACCUUCAUGCUGAUUGCUGUUGCUAUGUUUAUCGGUUACUUUGGUAUAACAUAUCCGAGCGUAGCUUUUUGGAUUGUAUUCACAAUUUUACAUCUCUACGUGUGCUUCGUACUUACUAUGAAGAUAUAUUACGUCGGUCGUUUCAGAAUGGAGUGUGUGAUGUUGAAACGCGCGUGGGUGUCGCUGCGCACGCGCGGGCGGCGCGCGCUGCGGCCCGCCCACACUGCGCGCGCGCUGCUGCUAGCCGUCGCCAACCUCGCUAACUGGGCGCUCGCCGCCUACGGUAUGUACUCGCACAACAAGGACUUGGCGCGACACUUGCUGGCUAUCUUAAUGGGUAACGCGAUCCUGUACAUGCUGAGUUACGUGCUAAUGAAGUUGGUACACCGAGAGCGUAUCCCCGCCUAUGUGUGGGUGCAGCUCGCGCUAGCGCACGCAGCCUGGGUUCUCGCGCUCCUGCUGUUCCUUGAUUCGCGCACCAAGUGGUCGGAAACACCAGCUCAAUCACGUCAACAUAACGCGGCGUGUACGGCGCUGCGACUUCUAGACACACACGAUCUUUGGCACCUCGCGUCAGCAGCAGCCAUGUUUCUUUCCUUCAACGCAUUGUUGGCUAUCGACGACCCUCUAGUUAAUACACCCCGACAUCUUAUACCCGUAUUCUAAAGUUUUAAGUAUUUUAUUAUAUUCGCUAAUCUUUGAUAACCUUAAGGAUUUUUUUAUGGAAUUUAUCAUCGUAGAAUUCCACUGCUAUACCUGUUUGUCAAAGAGUAAAGUUUCUGUUUAUGUCAAAGAGUAUGCAACGAUAUAAUCCGGAUGAGUUUACUUGAGUCUUCACUGGAAUGCGAUCUUCUCGAUUCCAGUGCUGGGUUUGUGCUCGAUACAGGAUGCUCGAUGGAUAUAUUUGUUUGGAUACUACAUGACUAAUUAUAAUCAAAAAAUUUUAUUUUGCACACCGUUGAAAAUGACGUAAUCGUUACAGUUUCAUGUUACCUGGUACGGUUUAUAUGUAUCACAGCAGUGGAAUACUACGGUUAAAUAUGAUUGAAUUGCCAAACUUAUAUAAAGCUGUAGCUUAAACCAUAGUUGUCUUGUAUUACCACAAAAAUAUCAUAAA